AUGACCGAGGCCUCAACCGCAAAGCAAGAAUAUAUCGCCCAGCCCCUGGGGCCGUGCUGCUGGACCGGCACGCUCCACGAGGGCAGCCCCCGGGGCGACGUUGAAGACAUCCUCGGCGCGCCGACCUAUGUCGUCCGUCCCUCGGACGUGAAGCACUCUCCUCCCGCCAACGGCCACGUCGUGCUCUACUUCCCGGACGUGUGGGGGCUGUCCGUCAACGCAAGGUGCAUCAUGGACGGCUUCGCAUCGGCGGGCUACACGGCGCUCGGCAUGGACUACUUCCGCGGCGACCCCAUCUCAAAGUACCGUAACACCAAGGACGACCCGCUGCCGCCCGACUUCGAUUUCGCAGCCUGGCGCACCAAGCACUCGACUUUCGCGGCCGAGACCGUGCCCAAGUGGACUGCAGCUGUCAAGGAGAGAUUCGGCGCCGAGUUGAAGGCGCAGACGGGAAAGGAGACGCGGUUCGCUUGCGUUGGAUAUUGCUUCGGGGCGCCGUACGUGUGUGAUCUGCUUGCCGGGGUUGGCGGGGACGGGGAACCGGUGGUGUCGGCGGGAGCGUUUGCGCAUCCUACCGCGCUGAAGGAGGAGCAUUUCGCGGGCGUGAAGAAGCCUCUGCUGCUCUCAUGCGCCGAGAACGACCACGCAUUCAACACCGAGUCACGAAGGAAAGCUAUCGAUGUUCUGCAAAAAGAAAGCAAGAUUUACCACAUGCAGCUCUUUCAAGGCGUGGGCCACGGCUUCGCGGUGAAAGGAGACCCAUCGGAUCCGUAUCAACGUGAGUGUAACUCCUCGCCCAGUUUGAACUUGCUCAUGCGAGCCAUGUUGGCUGACGAACUGGAUUAUCUAGGCUGGUGCAAGGAGCAAAGUCUCCGCGCAAUGAUUGACUGGUUCGACAUGUGGCUGGUCCGCAGCUCGUGA